AUGGCCUCCAACUUCAACGACAUCGUCAAGCAGGGAUACGUCCGCAUGCGCAGCAGGAAACUGGGGAUUUACCGCCGCUGCUGGCUGGUGUUUAAGAAGUCGUCCAGUAAAGGACCACGCAGACUGGAGAAGUACACUGAUGAGAAGUCCGCUUACAUCAGAGUCUGUCCUAAGGUGACCGAGAUCAGCAAUGUGAAGAAUGUCACAAGGCUCCCAAGGGACACCAAGCGCCAGGCGGUAGCCAUCGUCUUUACCGAUGACACCUCGCGCAUGUUCACCUGUGAAUCAGAGCUAGAAGCAGAGGAGUGGUUCAAAACCCUGUCAAUCGAAUGCCUGGGGACCCGCCUCAAUGACAUCAGUCUAGGAGAGCCAGACUUGCUGGCAGCAGGUGUUCAGUGUGAACAUACAGAGCGUUUCAAUGUGUUCCUACUGCCCUGUCCUAACCUGGACAUCUAUGGGGAGUGUAUGAUGCAGAUCACCCAUGAGAAUAUCUACCUGUGGGACAUCCACAACCCUCGCACCAAACUGGUCACCUGGCCGCUCUGCUCCCUGCGCCGCUACGGACGAGAUGCCACGCGCUUCACCUUUGAGGCUGGACGGAUGUGUGACAGUGGAGAAGGCCUGUACACAUUCCAGACGCGGGAGGGAGAACAGAUCUACCAGAGAGUCCACUCCUCCACCCUGGCCAUCGCUGAGCAGCACAAGAGAGUUCUGAUGGAGAUGGAGAAGAACAGCAGAUUGUCUAAAGGUUCUGAGACGGGCUCCUACCCCUGUACCCCCACGGCCAUCCUGCCCCGCAGUGCCUUUUGGCACCAUAUCACUGGCACUCAGGGGGGCAUGGACCCAGCCCAUGGUGACAUGUUUGGUGGUUCUCAGACUGGCGCUGAUGCAGACCUGCUCUCCACCCGGCUGCCCUCAGAGCCACGCCACGCUACCAUGCCCCUGGCACACAGCCAACACUCGCCCGUCCGCUACCCCACCUACCCCAGCCAGUGAUCCCAGGGGUGCAUUGCAGACCCCUAGCCUCCACCACACCCCUACUCUGUACCCGAACACUCCUCCCAUUCUCCUUUCUCUGCAGUGCUCACCUCGACUCCACGCCCCCUCAUCUACCCUCCAGCCAAUCAGGUUGGGGUGGGGUCAUAGGACCUCCCCUAAAGCUGGUAGCUCUGUGAAGCAGGACAUGACAGCGCCUCUGGUCUUCUCUUCAAAGGCUGGUUACCUGAAGGAACUUCAACCCCCAGAAUCCCUCACUGUGGGGUCAAAGUGCAUUGUGUGAGCCGGCAGUGGCAUGUUGCCUCUUAGUGAGCUGACA